GUACAGGGUGUCUAUCCACGAGCUCUGCCCGACAAAUGGACUCAACUAUACGCCUAAAUCAAGAUCACGUGGUCGUAACUAUACCUCACCCCACCGAUACGACCAUGGGCAAUUAUUCGUGUCAAUUCCAUUACCUGGAUAUUGCCCAUAAUUACCAAUUAAUUCGUUACACAUCGAUGCGUAUAUGCAAUAAGAAAUCGUGCGAUCAAUUGCGCUAUGGUUUGGGUCACUGUCACCGACACGGCCUACUCGAGGAAUAUAAACAUGGUUAUCGUAACCGUAUUCACGAUCAGGAUAAUUAUUCUGACUACGAAUCCUGUGUGUAUAACGCAAACGGGUGUGUCCAGGUGCCAUUCGUUACGGCUAUAUUGGGUGCAUGCUUAGUUAUGCUCGCGCUCACU